ACCACGAACGAGUUGAGACCAGCACAAGUGAGGUACAACCAGCCAACGCGUCUUUUUCUGCUCUAAGCGUCUUUUCUCCUCCUGUGUGCCGUGUUUGGAGCUACUUUCUCCUUUUUCAAACCAGUGUUUUAAGAAAAUGUUGGUAGGCUACUGAAAACUACGGAAGCGCACUGUAUUCCCUCACUUUGCACUUUGUAUAACACCGUGUAGCACUUGUACUACACGGUGUUAUGGUGUUUGUAAGAGUAAAAUACUUUGUUCUGCGUUGUUUACAACCGGUAUAGCUAACAACAACUAACAACAGCCAACAAGCUGUCAUUCCCACCUCUGACUUCCGAGGUAACCGGAACGUAGCAGUAUUAAUCCCGUUCUCAUUUUAAGAAACAUCAGUUUCAACUCAGUCCGUGCUGUGCUGAUGUCCUGAAUUAGAAAGUGCUAUACUGAAUGUCAGCAGUAAUGGCUUUAGAAAGUUGAUUUAAUUAGUUGUAUGGGAACAAUUCAGUACUUUUGAGACCAAGGACAAUGCAAGCAUCUAAAAGAAUGUAAAAAAAAAAAACUGGAAAAACAGCUAAAUGAGACAUAAAAGCCAUGGACUAAGGGUUAUUAUAGUGGAUAUGAGUACAACAGUGAAUAACUGUUGGGAGGAGGGUCACUCAUAGAACUAACUGUAUCAGUGUUUCUGGAACAUCUCUGUUUAAUGUACCUUUAUGGACACCAAAGACAGAAUUUUUAGGUCUAUAGCAGCAAGGUUCAUACUCAAAACAAACGCACACUCAAACAAACAAUAGUAGCUAACUAUAUAUUUUCUUUUUUUUUUUUCCCUUUUCUCUUCCACAGAAGAAGGUGCCCAAAAGAAAAUUUAUAUUAAGAGACCACCAGUCCACCAAAUUAACUCUAAGGAAAGAAGGAAAGAAUAUCAUAUAGAAAUCAAAAGAAACCAGUGCUCAUGGACCCUGCACAGCCAGCUGACCCUGCUCCCAAACUUCUGGACUUCCCAGGUUUGCUAUUUUCCACUCAUGGACAUAAACACUUAUUGGUAGCCUUUUGAAUGAUCUCUUGUCUAUAAAGGAUGUUAUUCUCAACAGUACUGGAGGGGAUUCAAUGUGAUAAAUGCCUUUUUCUGAAAAAGAUGACUUGUUGUUUGAUAUGUUCAUUUAAGCAGGUGGUUCGAUAAUGUAAAGGUCUCAAAGAGGGAUUUAGUGGAGGUUACAAACAAAAGACCCUGCCACGUUGUCUUUUCUUAGCUAACAUCAUUUAUUUUAGCUUUGUUUAUUCACCAGUCUCUCCUUGACCUUUUUUUAUAACUUGUAUAUGGCCAGUGUAUUUACAGUACUGGCUAUAGCCUUUUUAAAUCCAUUAUUCUUUUUGCAAUUAGAUAUUAUGUCCCGAAAUAAAGAGCAGAAAACAGGGGGGAUGUUAACUUGUGAAUGUAUGUGGCAGGUCACAAUGUUCUUUGUGUCUAGUGGUCCACCAAUACAACUGUUUAAUAAUAUUAACAGAUAAGAAAGCACAUUUGCUGUAUUUGAGUGAUUGAUGUAGAGCUGAGCAUGUUUUGGCUUAAUAAAAUAUUGCCAUAUGUGAUCACAGGGUUAAAAAAAAAAAAAAAAAAAAGACAGGUUUAAAUUCGCUUAUUCCAUGUACUAUAAAAUAUUACAUGAUUAUCUUAGCUGUAACAUGUUUUGGGUGAAUAUUUGAGGAAUUUAUGAACUAAAAAUAUAUAUUGGGUUACUCAAAGAUUUCAGAACAUGACUGAUAUUUACGUCAGAAGCAAUAUUAAACUGCAUUAUUUCACAAAAUGACAGAAUUUAUAUCAAACACUAGCUAGUGAUGGAUUUUGAUUUGAAAUGCUGCCACUGGGGAUAAGAAGAAAAGGUUUUCUCUUGGGGAGGACUACGAUGAUAUCAACCUUGUAAGGGCCGAUGUCAAUAUGAAGCCAAUUUUGUCAAAAUGCUCUGAAUUGACCGAAUUAAAUGUCUGACCUCUAUCUGUUUUUAUGUCCUUUUCCUUUUUCUCUUGGACUUGAAGGACUUAGGCUAGAUGAACAAGGGAUGUUGGUUCCACACAGCAUCCUGGGAACAGUGGAGGGUUUGAGAAACUAUCUGGAGUCCAUAGGGGAGACAGAGGUAACUUCAGUAUCAAUGCAACCAAGUUGUCACUGCACCAUACAAUAAUUAAACACCAUUAAAGGCACCACACUUUGUAAAACUAUACGUAACUUCUAAAUGCUCUAAUCCUGUUGUGUGCCAUCUAUCCUCUCUUCAACAUCUAGUUGCUGAAACGAAUACCAGCACCCCAGAGAGACCCUGUAUCUGAGGCUAUGAGAUGGCCCAACCCUGAGGCUGCAAGACGACCCAACCCUAGUGCUGUGCAUGGAAGGAGUGUGAUCUCUUCAAGUGUGGGAAACAUUGAAAGUAAUGCUCUUCAGAACUGGGAAAUACAGAUGAGGCGGCGCAGACAGCAGCAGGACUUCUUAGCUGGUACGCUGAUACAGAGUUAAAUCACUUAAAUUAAGGGAUUUUGAAUCGGAACCAGUGAGACUUUUUUGAACAAAUUUAAGACUGAAAGUUUUACCUUCAUCUAUUUUUCUUUCUAUUCAUCUGCUGCUCUGCUCUCUCUGAAGAUCUGCUUGGCCGGCCGGUGGAAAACUUAGUGAUGAACCAAGCUUCCAGUGUUAGAGAAACUCAGAAGCAGAGGGAAUCUCUUAAUCAAGCCACACCAUUUGUCCAUUCUAGAUAUGUAUGACACUGACAAGUUGUCUCGGCUAUACUUCUACUCACACUACUAUCUCAUCUUUUUAUCAUUUAAAAGUUAGAAGCUCUGUUUGUGUAGCACCUUCUUUGGGGUGAUGAGUUGUUUUUAUGUUUCAGGGUCAUCAUGUGGGCAGUGAGUUUUGGAGACUCCCCCCACAUUAUGGAGAUGAGAUGAGUGGGAUCACAGCUACUUUGACUCAGACCGAGCAGGGCAGACGGGAACCUGUUGUACAUGUGGGGCAGCCAAGAAGCAUACUACGAGAAUCAGGUAAGCAUACGACAAGACACCCAUAACAACCUUUUAAAGCAUAAGCUAAACCAUUUAUUUUAUUCUCGACACUUCUAGCAUCCAGGAAAAUAAACCGUUCACGGAAUUUGACUCCUCUAAACAGUGGCUGAUGCUUUCAUCUUUCCAACAAACUCUUCUUCCUCAAGGACUGAUGUGCAAUGAAACCCCAGGUCCAACCUCUCCGACCCAGGACCAGAAAGCAUACCAGUGCCAGGAGCUCAGAGAGGUCUUGGAGGAUAUCAACAUCAAAAAGCCGGUAAAAAUGUUCAAACUAUUCCAACCAAAUGCAAGCUCAGUUCAAGCAAAGUUGAGACACUGCAUAAAAUGGGAAUAAAAACAUAGCUUGAUGGGUGGCAAAUCAUUUAAUACUUAUACUGAAUCAAUAACAAUUCAAAGUCAAAAUAUGAAAUGGAGAAACACUCUACAAUCUCAUUUUAGAUUUAACGCCAAAAACACAUUGUAAAAAGCUUGGACAAGGGCAUGUUUACCAGAGUGAUGCAUCACCUCUUCUUUUAAGAACAGUCUAAACAUUAGGGAAGUGAGGCUAUUUUCAAGAAUACAGCAUUCCAACUGAGAAAGAGUUCAUAUGCUGUGUUCAAAUUACCUCCGAAGUCAAAUGUCCAAGUUGGGAAUGACACCUGAGUCACCAGCAUUUCAGUUACAAAGUCAGAAAAAAGCUAAAUCGGAGGUCGAAACAAGAUGGCUACAUCACGAAAGUUAUGUUACCGCUUGCCUUGUCAGAAUACAAGCAACUUCUGGACCAAUAUGUGGUCCAUCUGCAACAUCUUGUUUCCACAUCCGAUUUUGCUUUUUUCCAACUGGGUGACUGAAACGCUGGAAACUCGGGUGUGACGUCAUUCCCAGCUCGGACAUCUGACCUCUGAGGUAACUUGAACGCAGCAAUAGUUUCCUUCUACGAAGGAGCUAUGCUGCUGAAAUACCUGCUGAAUGUGGUUUGGCAAUGUCUUGCAAAUAACAAUCCCACAGUUAUUUGUAAUUUUAUGCUUGGGAACAUGAUUUCUGUAACGCAAUAGUACUUUUAAUUUAAACAUCAAACCAUUACAUUCUGUUUGUAGUGUAGUCAAUGUAUGAUUGAGGAAUUAAUAUGUUGUUUUUAAUGUUCUUUUACAACAGUCCUGAUGGUAAUAAUAAAAGCUAUAGCCUUUUUACAUUCUCCUGUAAAACUUUGGCAGAGCUUUAUCUACCUCCACCACCAUAGUGGGAAUUUUAUCAUAUGUGUUCAGUAAGGGAACACUGAUGUUGCCUCAAACAUCUGGUACACAACUAGUCUUAUUUUAACUUUGCGAGGCAAUGAUUAAGAUGCUGUGAUGCAAAAACCAAAUUACACUUUAUUCCCAAACAUGUUAAUUCUACCCUAUUUAUGUACAAUAACCCAAUUCCAUAUGCGCAGCACAGAUCUAGAUUGCAUAUGUUUUGUUUUAGCAGAAAGCGACUUCAUUAUUGGCCGGCUUGUUGUCCAAGCACACAGCCCACUGACGCUGCUCACACCCUCAGGACAUUCUGUCCCCUCUAGAGCUGCUAACUGCUCAUGAUCAGUCUGUAUCUUCAAUAACAGCCUGUUAUCAUCCUGCCUUUGGCAAACUACUCUGGGUUUUCUGUUCAAGAGCUAAAAGCAGGAGGUGGGCAUAACAGACAGGCACAUGUACAUUCACGACCAUGGAGGGCACGUUUACAGAAACGUGUGAAAACACAUGUGUUUGAAAAUAUACAAGGUUUCAAAAAAAAUGUGAUGGUCGAUCUCAUUAUCUUCAAAACUUGCUCUCAGUUUUUAGACAAACAUUUAGAUCUAAGCUCUGGUGAGAAACUUUCAGUUUGUGUAGAUUUUUGCGCUCCCUGUGGACAAAGUGGUCCUGUUGUCUUUGAUCACGACCUGCACAUUCUCUUGUCGAGUUUUCUGACAAAAAUCUCGUCCUGCUUUACUUUUAUGAAGUAAAGGCUGUUUUGGGUGAGUGUUGAUAAUUGUGUUGUUGGACAUCUUCAAUGUCAAUGAUAUUAUGCAUUAAAGUAACCACUUAAGUGCCUGUUUAAACUCACGAUCGAGAGUGCAUGACACACUAUAAAUCAGGGUGUUGCUAUUCAAGAGGCACACACCUCUGUGAUAAGGGAAGUGCAGGGUACUUUGAGGUUGGAUAAGGUCUCUUGAUUAUUCAUUGGUGUAUUAUAAAACAAACCGAUUUGUGCAUCUGCUCACAUUUCUUUUGAGAGUCAGAUAACCUUUACUUAACCAGGUUAGUGUCAUGAUGUGUUCUAUUGAUUUAGUUUUUCCCUGGUUUUGUUAACUGAGUGUACUUUCUUUGUGAUUUUCCCCAGUGUUUCUGUUCCCUAUUGUUCCUGUUCCCCUGCUGUCUAGUCUUGUGAGUUUUUAGUUUGUGUUUGACCCUGUUUCCCUACUUUUCUCUUUGUUUUAUUCUUUAGAUCAGUUUUUGUAGUAGUUGAUUCCAUGCGUUUCUAGUCCAGUUUUACUUCCCGAGUUUUCCCUCCUUGGUUAAUCACUCACGAGUUUCACCUGUGUCUCAUCUGCCUCACCUGUUGCUCAUUAGUCCCUGUCUUCCCCUCUGCCCUGGUUGGUUCACUGUAUGUUUGUUGGUAUGUCAAAUGCUUGUGUACCCAGUUGUUCCUUGUUUUUUCUUCCCAGGGCCUUUUCUUGGAUUUUGUCUUUGGAUCUUUUAGUUGUACAUUUUUUGAGAAAGUUUUUCUUGUUUUUUUCAUCUAGUUCUGUUUUUUUAUUAAAUCCUUUGUUCUGCAUUUGGGUCCUUUUUCUUUUGUUUAACCCUGGACCGCGACAGAUAGUCCCAUUGAGAUCCAAGAUCUCAAGUUUGUUAGAGAGAUCAUCCUGCCAGAUGCACCUGCAGACAGGUGUAUUGUUAUUUACACAGCUGAUUUCAGCCUUUCUAUCAAACUGAGCUGUCAUAGUUAACUACCCUUAUUUUACAUUGCCCCUAAAAAUGCAUUAGACUCACACAGGUCCCUGUAAAAGUCAUGUCGAUACAUGGACUGGUGUAACUUCCCCCAAAACAAGUCCUCUGUACAGUCAAAAACAUCACAUACUUUCCAAAUUAACCAAAAGAUAUUAACACACAUGGCAGCAGCGUAAGUUCAUGAAACAUCCAAGAAUCAGGACAUGCUAACAGUUCCUGACAGGAUCACCAAAGAGAGGUUGGUUGUUAUCAUCUUAUUUAGUUAUUUUUGCUGCUGGAUCACACAGCUGUGUUUGUAAUGCCUGCAUGAUGAAUAGUUUGGUCUUUAUCAAUAUUUGUAGAGCAUCAAGAGUUGUGUGAGAAGAUUGUGGGGGAAAAAAGACUCCUCAGAGCGAGUGUGUGAGUUUGUGUCCAUUUCUGCAGGCAUAUUGGAGAAUGUGUGUGCAUGGUUGAAGCUCAGGAUGUUUUAGGAAUUGAAUUUCAAUGUGUAAGCAAAUCUGUUUUUUUUGUUUUGUUUUUCUCAUGAGUGGGAGCCCCACUGCAAAGCUCUAUGUGUGUAACCUCCAGAGAAAUGCAUAUUGUCAAUUAUUUUGCUCUUUUUACUGCCUCACCUAUGUACCCUUAAUAUCAGGUGAGCUUUUCUAGAGUCUCAAGUGUAGACAUUUCUGCUUCCUCAAGAUAGAAGCAUAUCUGUGCACCUGAUCAAACCUCAUUUCAAAACCAAUACACCCACAGGUGCUUAUGUGGGUGCAAAUUACAUUGCUAUUUAGGCUAUAUGACAUAAGCUCUGGGUGUAAAUUACAAUGGAUGGAAAAUGACCAUGACACUGGUACUGCACACAAACACUUUGCACUAGGUGUAUGGCAGGGCCCUAUAUCUCUCUUCUCAUGACAGUCUUGUUUGCAUAUUUAAUUAUGACGUAUCAGUGUAAAUUUUAGUCUGUUUCAUAACAGAUAGAAUCUCCUCACAGGAUCUACAAUGAAGCACUGCUGCCCUUUUAUAAACACAUCUGUUUACAUCACAUAGAGAUGGUACAGUUAUGAAAUCUAGAGCGUGUCCAAUCAGAGGGAUGAUCUAUGGAGUAACAGGGCUCAAGAAAAAGGGCUAAAACUGCCAACCACUCUCUGCAUCAGAAUGACUCUAUCAGCAGGGUAAGAGGUGAUGGGGUAAACAACACUUAGACAAAUGUGCACUACUCUGCACAGCCAGUUCUCAUUUAAUCCUGUUAACUCAAUAAGUACCAGGUGCUCAUUAUGGAAAGGUUUAUUCUAAUUACAUCUUUUUUUCUGCUCUCACUCAGUGUCCUUCCCUUUUUUUGACACUCUCACAGACACACAAACACAUGUCACUGAUAUAAGAUGAAAUGGUAGCUGUGUGUUCUGUUGAACUGAUGGCUGAUGUGAUGCUGACAUGAUAUGUGCCUUAAAGUAUAUUCUGACAUGUGGUCAGAGACAGAUUGUCCUGUCAGCAGCUGACUUGUCCUUUGCUCUGUGACAUGUUAUGCAAAGGUAGAAGAGAGAUAAAUGGUCAGGGUUGAGUUUUGAAGUGGGAAGAAAAGAAGAAAAAUAGAAAUAAAAGAAGGACAGAACGCAAUGGAUUCAUUUUCUUUGCUUGUGAGUAUUGUGUGGUGGUGGUCGGAGAGCCUGUAGACACAAACUGGCAGCCAUGUUUCUGUCGCUCUGCCUCAGGGCAGCUGUGACUACUUAGGUAGUUUACAACCACAAAGGUGUGACUGAUGUGAGCGAAAGAAUGUUGUAUCCAAUGUAAAGCCCUUUGAGGGUGUCUGAUAAAGCGCAAUAUGAAUUUGAUGCAUUUUUAUUAUGAACUCGAACCAAGGUAACAUCAACACCUGUUGACAGCACUGAUGCUAAGCAAGGCUUGCUUGUUAUAUAUUCAAAUCAGGUAUCAUUCCAUAUACACACGUGGACAAAAUUGUUGGUACCCCUCAGUUAAAGAAGGAAAAACCCACAAUUCUCACUGAAAUCACUUGAAACCUACAAAAGUAACAAUAAAUAAAAAUUUAUUGAAAAUUAAAUAAUCAAAAUCAGCCAUUACUUUUGAAUUGUUGAUUAACAUAAUUAUUUUAAAAAAAAAAUACUAAUGAAAUAGGGCUGGACAAAAAUGAUGGUACCCAUAACUUAAUAUUUUGUUGCACAACCUUUUGAGGCAAUCACUGCAAUUAAACGAUUUCUGUAUUUGUCAAUGAGCGUUCUGCAGCUGUCAACAGGUAUUUUGGCCCACUCCUCAUGAGCAAACUGCUCCAGUUGUCUCAGGUUUGAUGGGUGUCUUCUCCAAAUGGCAUGUUUCAGCUCCUUCCACAGAUGUUCAAUGGAAUUCAGAUCUGGGCUCAUGGAAGGCCACUUUAGAAUAGUCCAACGCUUUUCUCUCAGCCAUUCUUGGGUGUUUUUGGCUGUGUGUUUUGGAUCGUUGUCCUGUUGGAAGACCCAUGACCUGCGACUGUGACCAAGCUUUCUGACACUAGGCAGCACAUUUCUCUCCAGAAUGCCUUGAUAGUCGUCAGAUUUCAUUUUACCUUGCACACAUUCAAGACACCCUGUGCCAGAUGCAGCAAAGCAGCCCCAAAACAUUGCUGAGCCUCCUCCAUGUUUCACCAUAGGGACAGUGUUCUUUUCUUCGUAUGCUUGGUUUUUGAGUCUAUGAACAUAGAGUUGAUGUGCCUUACCAAAAAGCUCCAGUUUGGUCUCAUCUGUCCAAAGGACAUUCUCCCAGAAGCUUUGUGGCUUAUCAACAUGCAUUUUUGCAAAUUCCAGUCUCGCUUUUUUAUGAUUUUUUUUCAGCAGUGGUGUCCUCCUUGGUCAUCUCCCAUGAAGUCCACUUUGGCUCAAACAAUGACGAAUGGUGCGAUCUGACACUGAUGUACCUUGGCCUUGGAGUUCACCUUUAAUUUCUUUGGAGGUUGUCCUGGGCUCUUUGGAUACAAUUCGAACAAUCUGUCUCUUCAAUCUGUCAUCAAUUUUCCUCUUGCGGCCACGUCCAGGGAGGUUGGCUACUGUCCCGUGGGUCUUGAACUUCUGAAUAAUAUGAGCCACUGUUGUCACAGGAACUUCAAGCUGUUUAGAGAUGGUCUUAUAGCCUGCACCUUUAAGAUGUUUGUCUAUAAUUUUUUUUCGGAUGUCCUGGGACAAUUCUCUCCUUCGCUUUCUGUUGUCCAUGUUCAGUGUGGUACACACCUUUUCACCAAACAGCAGAGUGACUACUUGUCUCCCUUUAAAUAGGCAGACUGACUGAUUAUGAGUUUGGAAACACCUGUGAUGUCAAUUAAAGGACACACCUGAGUUAAUCAUGUCACUCUGGUCAAAUAGUUUUCAAUCUUUUAUAGAGGUACCAUCAUUUUUGUCCAGCCCUAUUUCAUUAGUUUGUUUUUUUUAAAUAAUAAUGUUAAUCAACAUUUCAAAUGUAAUGGCUGAUUUUGAUUAUUUAAUUUUCAAUAAAUUUUUAUUUAUUGUUACUUUUGUAGGUUUCAAGUGAUUUCAGUGAGAAUUGUGGGUUUUUCCUUCUUUAACUGAGGGGUACCAACAAUUUUGUCCACGUGUGUAUAUUGCAGUGGGAGUUGACUUUUGCAUCCCAAUUUCAUGGCAAUAUCUGGAUUAUUAUCACCAUUUUCUGUCAGGUUGAAAACUUCCGUUUUCACCACCACCACCCAUCCACACUCAGCAACUGUCUCACUGAAAUUACAAAAUGGAUGCAAAGAAACUACCUGCAAUUGAACAGUGACAAAUCAGACAUCAUCAUCAUCUGUCCCACAUUUCACAACAGAAGGACCCCAAACUUCAGCCUCACCUUCAACAACUGUAUUCUGUCGUCCUCCCCUUACAUCCGGAACCUUGGAGUCAUUUUUGACAACCAACUCAAGUUCGACCGCCAUAUUAACCACAUCACCAGGACCGCCUUCUUUCACCUCAAAAACAUUGCCUGUCUUUGCCCCUCAUUCACUUUCUCCGCUGCUGAAACCCUGAUCCAUGCUUUCAUAACAUCCAGAAUAGAUUAUUGCAACAGCAUCCUAUACGCCUCAUCAUCCAAAGUCCUCAAUAAACUCCAAUACAUUCAGAACUCUGCUGCCCGCCUGCUCACCCGCACACAUCACCCCUAUCCCCCAAAAACUGCACUGGCUCCCCUUCUCACAUUGUAUACAAUUCAGAAUCCUCCUGCUCACCCACAAAUCACUAAACAACCUGGCCCCCACCAACCUCACAGACCAGAUCCACCACUACACCCCCUCCUGUGCCCUCUAAUCCUCAGAGGGAAAUCUCCUGGCCCUACCCCCUCGGACCAAGCAUUUGGGGGGAUAGAGCCUUCUCCACUGCCGCCCCCACCCUCUGGAAUUCACUCCCCAAACCCAUCCGAGACUGUACAGACCCCCAUACUUUCAAAUCACUCCUAAAAACACACCUUUUUCAAUUGGCUUUUAACCUGUGAACUGUUCUUUUAUUGUCUUUUCAUAUUAUGUCUUUUAUAACCUUUGACAUUGUUGGUCUCAUUUCUCCAAAUUGUCUGUAUUUUAAAUGGUGCUUCUUGUAAAGCGUUUUUGAGCACUUGUAAAAAAAUGUUAUAAAUAAGAUUCAUCAUUAUCAUUAUUAUCAUCAAAGACAACACUAAAAAAAACUAACUGUUGCAGUUGUGCUGAGGCAUGUUUUGCUGGUACUGUCUUCUCCGGAAAGGUAGCACAAGCUGGCCUCUCUGGAGGUGGUAUCAUUACCUAACCAAGAAGGAACUCAAAAGCUUUUGUUGGACAAGGUUUAAGGACAUUGCAGUCGACCCUUAAUAGGCCUUAAUUGGCUGUCAGCCACUCUACAGUGUGUACCACAACACCUCGUUUUGUCAUAUUACACAACAAAUUCUCACUGUCUUUCUCCAGCUGUUCUGUUUGUACAUAGGUGGACAGAACAUAUUAUUGAUGUUCGUAAUCAGACUGUUGAGCAAGCAUGAGAUAAAGACAAAGGUAACCUUUUUUCUUCAUUAACCAGUGUGUCUCUUCGUCUCUGUUUACAGGAUAUAAGUGGACUGGAGGUGAUUGGAUCUUGCAAGCCGUUUACCCAUGAAAUAGUGUGUCGGAGUCCCUCAAUAGAAAAGGAGGAGGAAGAAGAAAAGGAGCAGAAAAAGACUAAGGAGAACCUGUGAGAACAGAAAUAAUUUUUGGUUUAAUAAUAAUUGGUUUAUUUAAUUCCAUAUGAUUCUACUGUGAAUUAGUCAAAUCAGGCAUCUAAAUCUGGCUAUUUAAAAGAUGUAUCUAUUUACACUAUUUGAUUACUAUUUAGUAAUUAAGUGCCAUGAAUAAAAAUUGCAUUUUGCAUUUAUUAUGUGGUUAUGUAUUUGGAUAACUGCUGCCAAUUUUUUUCCUUAAAACUGACAUUGUUAUAUUAACAUUACAUUAAAUGAAAUUGAUUGGAUAUGAUUCAAAUUUAAAUGAGAAAAUGAGAUGAAAUACUGAAAUCAUUAACUACAAAUGUUUACAUUCUGACUUUCAUUGAAAGACUAAGCUCGGUCAGUGUUCUUUGGAAUCGGCACAGCCUGACUCAUGUCCUGAAUGUAUCUUGUUAAGACCUAACCUUUAAAGUGGGACACAUCUAAUGACAAAAAUGACUCAUUCACUCAUUGUUCACCUGAGAUAAGAGUAAUACAGCUGUCUCCUCCCCAGUGAUCCACCGGCACAGCAUGAAGAUGUUCACUCAGGUGCUCUAUGUGGUCCGGCUUUGAGGUUCUGUGGUCAGCUAGCAAGAUGGACCGGAAACUCUGACAAUAAGCAGGUACAGACCAGGUGUCGGUACAUUGUAAGCACUCAAAUAUUAUAACACAACAGUGAAAAAUAUACUCACAUUAGAGACAGACUGUACAUUUAUUGAUUGAUUUCCCCUUUUUCUUGUAGUUUUAACUCAAUAUUUUCACAUUGUGCUCACUUGUUGUCUUGAUAAAUUGAGUGCUGUGUCCUACUCUUAAGCAUUAUAGAGUCAAAGGGUAACAUCAGGUGAUUACCUCGUUCCACUGAAAACUAUUAUGUCACUGUAAAAGACAGCUGAGGUGUUCUCCAGAUUUUUUGUCCUGUUGUAUACGUAAAGGACGACUUUUAAUGUCAAAUAAUGAUGUUUGGAAGCUUUCUAAUAUUUUGUUGACUGUAGCUUAUGAUGUGUAAAACAGAAUGCAUAGAAUAUGAAGUUAUUUCUAUUAAAAGUCCAUACAGAGAAGAGCAGAGUUGUGAAUUCUGUUGUAUUAAUGGAAUUAGUUGAAUUAGUUCUAUUCAAAGGCAGGCUACAUUUUCCAUUGUAUUUUCUUUUACCUUUCACAUAUGAGGCCUAUGUGUGCUGGAAUUUCAUACUUUAUAUCUUUUAUUGACCAGGGAGAAGUGGGAAUCAGUGUCACUGUUUUGUUUGAGGCUCUGACUGAAGAAGUAGUCUUCACCGACUUAGAGCUGCACAAUGAGGGCAGCACAGCCAUCUACUACAGCUGGAAGCGGAUUUGCACGCCAAACCCAUUCCCCAACCUGCUAUCACAUAGAAGACAACACUUUUACUUCAACUCCUCAUCUGGUACACACAAACAUCAUCACGACACACCUGCUGCUCCUUUCUUAUGUCACACACUGUUUAUUCCCCUGUCAGCACAUCUUUCUGGGUCUGUCAACCUGAACUCAAGCCCGCUUUCUGCUUUCCAUACCCCUCCCCCACUCUCCCAGGUGUGAUUCUACCAGGUGAUACAAAGCAGGUGGAGGUCAUUUUUAAGUCAGUAGAGCCAGGCAUCAAAACUGAAAUGUGGCAGCUCAAAACCCACCCAUUGUUGCUGGAAGGAGCCUCCAUGCAGGUCAACUUCAGAGGAAUAGCUCUGGACCAGGACAAAACCGCAGACCAGAGACGUUUCAUUGAGGUGGUGUACAAUAACACAGCAUAACAUGAAAACAUCAGCACCAGAUUUUCUUUAAUUACAGUAUAUUGUAUAUUUCUUGAUUGUGUGUCGUUUUGUUUGUGUUUUGAAUGCAGGACAGGCUGGAAAAGAGGGCAACAGAAAAAAUGUGCCGGCCCAUUGUAGAUCAGAUACUGGUGAGGGUCUUCUUAACCGUGGAGAGGCCCAGCUCUCUUGCAGAAGUCUACAUCACUGAAGAGCAGAGGUUUUUGAGCAAAAACCCCAAGGUAAAUUAUACAUGUUCAUAUGGCAUUUCUCUGAUGCUAAAGGACAUAUCACAACAAAACCAAGUGCGAAAUUGCAUUUUUGAGUAUUUCUGCAUUCAAAUGGCUGUGAAUCUCUGGCAGACCCAAACAGCAGGCUCAGGUUCAGUGAGAUUUCCAUUGUUUUUCUUUGUGACCUUCUAAGUCACACUUAGCACUCCCUCUUCUAAUCCUAAACUAGCCGCAGAAUAGAUCACAAGGUCAGCCCUUCCCCAUGUUAACAGAUGGGACAUGGGUCAAACUGCAGAAUCAAAAAGUCAUCCAAUAAUUUUAUCCCCAACAUGGUUUUUGCCAUGAUAAAUAUUUCUCAGGAUGAUUAAUGUCCAGCAUUUAUUUGCUCAAAUAGUUUAGUUUUCAUGAGUUAUCUGAUAUCACAAAAGGGGUCCAAUGUCAUAAUUGACUACUCAUUUUACAGUUGCAGCUCUCUUGAGGCUGUACGCAGCAGAUUAGUUGAGGAAUGAUGGAGUCACUGUGCUUUCUACAAUAGGGAGUACACACCUGAAACAAAAUCUAGAAGCUGUUAUGCUGAAGACUGUGGCAGGACAUAAACACCACAGCUCUAUGAGAUAAAUGUAAAUAAAUUAUGUAAGCACCAGGGGGGCUUUUGACAUUACUUUCAUACAGUAGAAGGGGGUGGAGAUGUGUCAUCAGUCUUGAUACACAGCCACUGUUCAUAUCACCUCAUGCAGCGUGAGUUGACCUCAAAUGGUACCCAUUCAUUGUGUCAUUUUUGUCAACAGCUUAUGUUAAAAUGGCUGUGAUUCAUCCAUGACUGUAAACCUGGACUAAACAUUUGUCCUCAUUUGAAUUCCACAUUUAUGCCAUCUCCAUUCUUCAUAGAUAGUUCAUUUGCAUAACUUUUAAUAACCAACACCAGAAACUAGAAAGCACAUGGAUUAAGAUAUUUUGCUCUGAGACAGAUUUUAACUGAGUUUUAUGGGAAAUUUAAACACAAGUUUUAAAAGGCUUUUGGCAAUACACAGUAGAGAGAAUGAAUUGAAAUAAAAUAAAAUCACCAUUCAGCUGUAAGUUCAAAUGGCAGAUUUAUAUUACUAAGCCACAUCUGUCAUUACCUCAUGUCAGUGAUAACAGCUCCCUUGGCCUUCAGCUUUAUACAUUCUCAUCUUUUACAACCUUAGAGGCAAAGCGUUUAAACUUAUGAUCUGUAUUUUAGUUGUUAGGGUAAAAGGAUAAAAGCAUCUGGUAGUGGGGCUGUUCUUUCUGUUCACAUGACUUCACGUGAAUUUGCUGUAAUUACUUUCUCAAUCAUGGCUCUAGCUGCAUUUUGUCGAAGACACAGUGGAAAAUCUGAAGAAACUAUGGCAAGAGGUGAAUCCAUCCAAACACACUUGGGAUCUCUCUGUGGAUACACUACGGCAGGUAUAGACAUUGUGUUGUGUUUCAGUGAUUAAUAAAACUGUAAGGGAAGCUGGUAUGGUGUUAAAUUAGAUAGGUUGAUGAAUACAGCAGUUUGUGUUUUCGAUCUCUUCCUCCUUUUCUGUAUGAUUGUACCAUUCUUUAAGAUUUUACUCCAUUGUACUUCAUUCAAGAAAUGACAAAUCAGUCUAACCAUCUCUUUUCUGCUGUAGGCUGUGGUGGCUCAGCCUGAUCUGGAGGCUCAGGGGGAGAACUUGGCUCGGCUCAACUCUCUGUAUCUGCAGCUUUGUAGACCACCAGUAUGCAAAAAAAAUUACUGCACAGCAGCUCCUGUAGGGUGAGACACAACACACUCGUCGUUCAAUAUUUCUAUCGGAGCAUCUUGGCUCUACUGUACACAAACUGGCACCUCACACCUGUGGACAAAUCUCACUUGUUUGGUGUGUGCUGCCCCCUGCAGGUGGGACCUGUGGAUAAUACUGUUGGAGAGGAUGGAUGAUGAGGCCAGGAGGCUCCGGAACAUCCUAGGCCUUCCACAGAGAACCACAUGGGGUAAGACGCUGGUUACACUUGCGAACUUUAAUUCGGGUUUAGAUUUGCAAAGAUAUACAUGUCCACAUGAAACUGUGUAAAUUUUGAUUGUUGGAUGAUCUCUAUUGGGUCAAUUGCCCAGCCUGUCUGUCAUGAUCAAACCCAUGGGAGUUAUAUGUAUGUAACCUGUAUGUAUUAAUGAAUUUUGACAUUGUGUUUAGAUUGUUUAAACCUCUGUUGCAAACCAAAUUGCCCUUCGGAACAGUAAAGGUUUAAUGAAUAACUGUUGUAAUAAAUGUAUGCUUCUCACUAUUAAAUCCCAGAUGUGGCUGUGGGCAAAGAUGAGAUGAAUGAGAAAGAGGAGGGAGCAGCUGCUAAAAAGAAGUUGAAUAGAGAGAGGUCUACAUUUAAAAAAGACAAGCAAGGAAAGGUAAGUCAGCAGAGAUUAAAAAAAACAACUGAAGGUUUCAGUUUCAGUUUAUUUGGAUCCACCAUUAGUUACAGCAAAGAGCCACAGCUAUUCUUUCUGGGGUCCAUCUACCCUUCUGAACAACAUUUUUAUCCUUCUAACAUACAUCUACAUACAAGACAAGACAGUCAAGACACCAACAUCACAUCCAUACCAUCACUCCUCCCACACAGCAGCUCUAUCAUUUACCUCCUUUUCGAAGAACACUACAACAAAACAAUAUUUACAGAACAAUAAAAGAAAAGUGGAAACUCAUUACACUGGGUUUCAGCCAACUAAGCUCUUGAAAUUUUUCAAGGUAUCCCAUAAGUAAACAAAAACAUUUUCAAUUUCUUAUUAAAACAGCUUCUGUUAUCAUUUAAGAUUAAAAAAUUUGGUAAUAGAUUCCAUGCCACCGUGGCUCUGUAGUGAACUGUUCCCUUCCUUGCAUUCAUUCUACAUUCGGGCAGCCGAAAUUGACCCUCUGAUACCUGCCUCGUACAGUGUUGUUCUGCCUCCGAAAAAAAAGAUCAAGUGUUAUAGAGAGUUACUGGAAUUUUGUUUGUAAUAAUAUUUUUCAUUAAAGAUAAAAGCAAGUAGUGUAUCUUACUUUUAACGUUUAACCAGAUGAGCUGAUUAUGCAUUAUGGUACUACUAGUUCUGUAUGGACAGUUAAGAAUCAUGUGAGCAGCCUUAUUUUGGGUUACUUGUAGCUUGUGUAGAUUGUUUUUGUUGUGUUGGACCAGAUGACUGCACCGUAAUCUAAAUGCGAUAGAACCACGGCUUGAGUUAGUUGUUUGAUUAAGUGAGGGGUGAAAAGGUGUUUGCGACUCACUUGUCAACACACACACAAAAAAAAGAAACAGCAUCAUUGUUGCUCAGUACUGAACUAUAAUGGAAGUCAAUAUUUCGGGGUAACUGGUCAGGUGAGAUAACAGGCAAGCAAAAACCAUUAAAUUAAGGUAUGUUGUGGGUUUUCGUGCUUCCAUCCUCAUUGUUUUUUUGCAUCAUCCUACUCAGAAAUCUGAAUUUUAAAAUCAUACAGUGUCAUCAGCACAGGCACUGAGGACCUUUGCGAGGACACAGUCAGUGUUAGUUAACACCUCGACCAGGUCUGGGCAUAAGUCUGGCCCGGAACUGGUUGCAUUCGCCUUCAAGUGCUUCACAUUUCUGCUGUCAGCCACAGAAAAGAUGAUCAAACAACAACAAAACAGUCUUGCUUGUAUGACUCUAAAUUUUGCUGAGUGAUGGUUGAGUCAUAAGGUACAGCCUAUUACUCACAGAAUCUCAUGGUAACAGAAUGCUGCGUGAAAAUGUGCACCUGCUCUCAAGCUGUGUACCCAGAGUGUGAGUUUAUGGCACCUGGACUGGUCCAGGCCAUCUGUGGCACACACACACGCACGCACACACGCACACACACACACACACACACACACACACACACGCACACACACACACACACACACACACACACACACACACACACACACACACACACACACAGCUAUACAUUAGACACAACAGUAAUGUAUAUAAUUAACAUCAUGGAAUAAAUUGAAGGUAGUUUUUUACCAUGUUCAAAAACAGAGAAAUAAUGCAAGUCAAAACGCUGAUCAAGUGAUUAAGUAGAAAAUUGUAUGUCUUCCCUGAUUUGAUUUGACUUUGCUUUAACUGUGUUUCCCACUUGUUUGUUUAGCAAACUCUUGAAGAUGAGGUGAUUGAGGACCCAGAGGUGUAUAAAUUAUACAGAAGGCUCCAGCACAGAAAAGUAAGUCUGAUCACUUGUAAGUACAGUUUAUUUUCCUUUAGCUUAUUUAUUUUUCUUUUUUUUCAAUUUGACUGUUUUUGACUAUUUCACUCUUUAAAUAACUGUUCUAAAUGUAAAAAUCUGGAAUGUUCUAAAUCUGCUUUGGCUCAGGAGAAAUGAACCAACGUUUGCUUAGAUUAUUCUAGUGUCUGAUAAGGCCCAGUGAGCAUUUUUCAGCUGAAAAAGAUUUCGAAACAUAUACCCGUUCAGACCAUAUUUCACCGGGAAAUCAGCCUCAGCCAAAACACUCAUUACACAUGUUAACAUGUUUUUUAAGUCACUAUGGGUGGCAGUAGCUCAGGAGGUAGAGCAGUUGUCCAAUAACCGGAAGGUUGGCUGUUUGAUUCCCCCCUAUCUCGAAUCUGUCCGUUGUGUCCUUGGACAAGACACUUAACCCACCUUGCUCCCAGUGUGUGUCCUCCACUAGUGUUUGAUUGUGAGUAUUGUGUGGUGGUGGUCGGAGAGGCCGUAGGCACAAACUGGCAGCCAUGUUUCCGUCACUCUGCCUCAGGGCAGCUGUGACUACUUAGGUAGUUUACAACCACAAAGGUGUGACUGUGUGAGCGAACAAAUGACGUAUCCAAUGUAAAGUGCUUUGAGGGUCUCCGAUAAAGCGCUAUAUGAAAUCUGAUACAAUAUUAUUAUUUAUUGCAGCAGCUGACCCAAAUGAUUCCAUUUCAGUGCAUCACAGUCCCCAGUCAUCUGAAUGACUGCAUGAUUGUCUACAGAUAACCAUUAUCAACUCACCCAGUGAGCAUUUUCAUUAUUGAAAAAUUGUUCAAAAGUUGUCUGUGGUCACAGUGACAAAGAAACUGUUGCUAAUUAAAUGUUAAUGGUCUGACCAGAUAGCACAACAGAAUCAGUAUUUUUUUUUUUGCCCAAACGACAUUUAACACAUGUUAACACAUAUUAAAGCUUUUCAAGUCACGUGUCAAAAAAAAAUGUGGGAAAUAUAAUUGUAUUAGAUUGCAUCACUGGUGAAAAAACAUAUGGAAAACUGCAUAAUGCAAACCUGCAAUACACAGCACACUCAUCCAACACUCACCAUUUUUAGCAAUCCAGCUCUGUGAAAAAAGGGGGGUUGUCAGUAAUGACUACAUCAGUGUUCAGAAGUCUUUCAAUGACAGAGCUGUACAUCUUGUGUCCUUUUUUAUAAACAAUUUGAAAAAGUUAAAACUCCUUAAUUUAGGACAUCUUUAAAUCUUUUUGUUAAUAUCAAACAGUCAAAAAAUGAAAUGGGUUUAAAGCUCCAGUUAAGAACUUUAAUUUUGGCCUCUCUUAUGGACAAAGGGAUUCCUUUGCUGAUCUUGCGCAUAAAUGUUGUUUUCUAACAGAAGUUGUCAGUCUUUUGUCUUUCAACAUGAAAAUGUAUCCCAAACUGGAUCUGUUGCAAAAAAUGAUUAAAAUCUUUUUUUUUCUUCAGUAUGCUGUCAACACCUGUAGUGACACCUAUCUAAUGGCGUUGUUAACAGGCUUUAAAAAAUGACGUUGCAGAUACUGUCAUUCUUGGUACUGAUUGUCUUGUCUGUUAUAUGAGUAAAAAAUAAAAUAAAUUAACUUAAAAUAAAUUUUAGUCAAAAAUGCUUGUGAAAAAUAUAAAUAUGCUUAAAUUAUGUCAUUUCUCAAAAGUGGAUUAAAACUAUACCUAAGAAGCUGCCAUGGAGGAACACCAUCAAAAUCCUUUCAAGGGUACCAAUUUGUUUCAAAUAAGUAAACGGUCUAACCCAUGAGGCUGUGGUCCUUAAAGUGAAUGGCCCAGGUUCAGAAAUUCCUCAGCCCUUUGCCACUUAGAAUUUCCCAAUAUUUCCGCGCAGUUUUGAUCUCUGUCUACUGCACUGUAAAUAAAAAAAAUGUUAUCUAACAUGUUCUGGCAUUCUGAACUGAUUUCAACCGGUUUUCAACCAAGUUUUAAAGUUGAAUUCCAUUAAGAGCUUCAUAGGUGUGAAGAACACAUUCCAGUUGCAUUGGUCUAUGCCAAUUCUGUUUUGUGAGCCCUGUUCUAUACAAACAGGGUUUUUAAAAAACACAUGUUCUGCAUUACCUUUUAUGGAUAUCUUUCUCUCUGAUUUCUGUCACUUAAUCAGUAAGAGAAUUGUAUUUUUGACUUAUUCUCUGUAUAUUGUUUUUUUUUAACUGGCAGGUUUAUGCUCUGGUUGAAGACCUGGUGUUGAACAUGCAUGACGUGUGGGAGGACCUUGAGAAGAAAAAUUAACACCAGUACAUAAAAGGCAGGCACUUGAGCUGUAGGAAUUCACCCAAGUUAUUAAUAUGUAUUAUUCAACUUUAUUUCAGAUCCACCCACGGGAUGGUUCAUAUCACAAAAAAUAAAAGAAUGAGAAUAACUUUAUUAAUCCCCGAAGGGAAAUUCAAUUGUCUGUUGUCUCACAAAAUAUGUCUCUAACAGUUAUCUACGAUUUACACAAGAGUUAUAAAAUCUGAUGGCUGUUGGUACAAAAGAUCUUCUGAAUCUUUCUGUCCUCCAGCGAAGAGAGAGGAGCCAUCCACCUAGCCUGGCUGGGCCAUCCAGUUGUGUGAAUCACUUGCUGUUCCUUCCCACAACAAGAAGGAAGGAAUGGCAAGUGAUUCACGCAACUGGAUGGCCCAGCCAGGCUACCAUCCACCACCAUUGGCCCUUUGGUCCAUCAAGGUGUUGUGAAGUGGGUGAUCCAUGUUCUUGAGACUAGUCUCCACCUUCCUCAGUGUAGAUCUCUCCACCUCCACAGAGCCAGCCUUUUUCACCAGUUUGUUAAGACGUCUUGCAUCUUUGUGUUUGAUGCUUCCUCUCCAGCAGACUGCAGCAUAGAACAGAACACUGUAGACACCACAGACUAGAUAAAACAUCUGCAGCAUCUUACUACAGAUGUCUAUUGAUCGGAGUCUUCUCAGGCAAAAGAGGCGGCUCUGCCCCUUUCUGUAGAUGAAGUUUAUAUUCUUAGACCAAUCAAACUUAUUAUCCAGAUGUACACCAAGGUAUUUAUAUAAUGUCACCACUUCGAUGUCCACUCCACAGGUGUUCACUGGCUGAAAAGGGGGUUUGGAUCUACGAAAGUCUAUAACCAUCUCCUUUGUCUUUGAGGCGUUGAGUACACUGUAAAAAAGAAUAAUUGAGAAAACUUAAAAUUUUAAGGCAAGCUUUUGCAGUAAAAUUUUUUAAUUGUGUCAACGAUUUGCUAGGUCAUUGUCAUAAGUGACAUUUUAUUGUUGUAUCAAUUACGUUCACGCUGUUCGGUGAAUAGUCACUACUAUUUAUUCUUCAUUUUGCCAAUAUAAACACUUUUAUUUGCUCAAUUAUUUUUUAUUUGUCACGACUAUUUAUUCUCUGUUUUGCCAAUAUAAACAUUUAGCAGCCCUAGCCGUCGGCUAGCAGCCCCUUGCUAAUGGUUAAAGUUAACGGCUUUCUCCGCAGCGAGUGAGUGUGGAGGCGGUGUGCAUCGUGAAUGCGCCCCAGAGAUAAAAUUGCCUGCUCAGUUACAUGUGCGAUUAAACACGCAGCUGAGAAACACGUCGUGAGGGAUCAGAAAAAUAAUUUUCUGGCAGACAAGCAAUGUAGAUAGACAAGCAUUGUUAGCUAAACUGAAAAAGUAGCCAAUUUACUUAAGUAAAUUUGGUAAAGCAGAACGACACCACAUUUUCUAUUAGUGAAUACACUUUAUACAGUUCAGACAAGUUUAUUUUCACACAAAAUACUUAAACAACUUGGACUGAAGCUGGUCCACUCAAAAAAGUCCCCUUGUCCCUCUGCGCUGCUGGCUGUGACACACAAUGAGGGAGAACUUGCCCUUGCGACAGAACGUGGUAAACCCCGCAGGUCUUCUUCGGCAGACUUCAUGGGUCAAUAUCAGAACUGCAUUAUGGGAAUUUUUCCUACUUUGUUGCGCAAACAACAAAUUUCAAAUUCUGCUAAUUUAGAAUUACAUAUUUGGUCUCUAUUGAGGUGCACAUUGUUGGUCUGACAUGUAUUUUCUUGUUAAAUAAUAACUAUUUUAAUUUUCAUGUUCACCACAUUAAGAAUACAAACUCUUGCGAAUAGAUUGUCGUUGUUUUUUUAACAGUGUAGGAGGCAGUUUUUGUGACUCCAGUCACUGAAGGCUCUUAUCAGAUCUCUGUAUUCAGCUUCUUGUCCAUUUCUGAUACAUACCACGAUAGCAGUGUCAUCUGAGUAUUUCUGGAUGUGGCAGUACUGAGUGCUGUAUUUGAAGUCUGACGUAUACAGUGAAUACAAAUAUAAAUAUUUUUUAUAUAAUAUAUAUAAUGUAUAUCAUAUAUGUAUAAUAAAAUACACACAUACAGUAAAAUACACACAGAGGGAUUAAAAGAAAUGUAGGUAAAAACGUAGUUAAUGUAAUAAAGAUAAAAGUGAAUGUAACAAAAAAAUAUGAAAUCAAUAAACUUUUCGUUUCUGCAUUGA